GGGUGAGCGCCACAAGUGAGGAAGAGGCAAGCAAGCGAGCAAGCUGCUUCGUCACCCUGUAGUCGGAAAAGAGUGGACAUCCCAGCCUGAGGCCUGGCCAACACAUUUGUCGUCAGCAGAAGUGUCAGUACCUUUGUCGUCGGCGGAGCCAACCUUCUUCGAUGUUGGGCAACGUGAAGACUUUCUUAUGGCGCACGCUAUGCCUGCAAACGAUACGUCGCCACUUCUUUAACACGGGGAUCGAGAUUCUAUUAGUGGGUUUCUUAACUUUAACCCUAGUGCUCAGCCCACGAGCAAGGAUUCCGCUCAGCAAGGAUUCCAAGGAGGUGGACGCCAGUUCUGUUUUGGUGCCGCUUGUAUUGACGGACAUUGUGUACGCACCGAAGAGUGACUACAACGAUGAGCUGAUGCGUGCCGUGGGCGACGAGCUAUCCAGCCGUCAUACGCAGGGUGUCCUUAGCGGCAAGCGUCGGGAGCCCUCGCCUGACAGCUUGGAACGAGGCGCCCGCGCUGUCGGCUCUCCGAUCGGCGCCGGUGCCAGCGAUGACUCGCGCCAAGGCUCUGGCUCCGUGAGGCUGCACCCUGAGCCCAAUGCAGACGCCAUGAUUGAAAAAUGCAAGAAGCUGACGGGCAUCUUCUCCACCAAGACCCCGUUGUGCGUGAAUCUGUCUGGCUCGGAAGGAGAAUCGGCUAGCCUUGCGAUGACGCUGUACGUUCCCUCAAAAUCCCUCCUGCCAAACAGGGCGAACCUCUUUCCCCUCGGCGCCUUCACCGAGACCGAAUCGUCCUUCGAUACAGCCAUGAAGUACCAGUAUGUAAUAGAGCAGGCACACUUAAGCCAACACAGUAAACGCUAUCCAGAGAGGCCAAUGAAUGAAACGGUUAACAUUGAUGUCAUGCCCGGCUGGGUGUUUCAGGGCCUCGAAACGGCGGAUUACGCGAAAGCCCUCUAUUUCGUUACUUCUUUAGCGUUCAUUAUGCCUAUGAUUCGACGGAUAAACGCAAUACAGCAGGAGUUUACAAGUGGCACGGCGGAACACCAGUGUGUAAUGGGGUUAACUGGCGCCGAAUUCUUCUGGGGCCACUUCCUCACGGCUUUCAUUAUUGGCCUUAUCGAGAGUUUCUUUUCCAUCUCAAUUAUGUUUCUGGUACCAUACGGAGGACAGACGUACGCCGAAGGAAUGAACCUGGGUCUGGUGAUCAUAUCGUUCAUCAUGUUUCAGAUUCAAUACAGCAUGCUUAUUAUACUCAUCACUUGGGUGUUCCCGAAAGGUUGGGUGGCGUUAAUCGUCGCUAUUCUGAUAGCAUUCGUGGCUCCAUCAAAGAUCUCAGACGUGACGUGGUUUGUGUCAUUGCCCAAGUAUUUCAUGUACUCAAAAAUGGACAAGAUUCUCGCAUCUCUUCUGCCGACCAGUGCCCUUUACUCUUUACUGAGGAUUGUCUCCAUCGCCCGAGACUAUGAAGAUAUUGCAGGAGGCUCAUCAUCGUUCCUCGUGACCAGGGGAGUACUCGGCAAAGAUAAUGUCACGAUUGGGGAACUUUGGGCAUUCAUGGUUGUCUCCGAUGUUGUCAUGGCGUUCUUGGCAUGGUACCUCUCGAAAGUUCUUCCCUGGAGCACUGAUAAUCGACAAAGCCCGAUGUUCUGCCUUAUGCCCAGCUAUUGGAAAAGCGAAGGCGCUGUAGCCACAACCGAAAAAAUGACGGUCAAGCAAGACGCCCAGCGAUUUGAGGAAAUGCCGCCUGGCAACAAGGCUGUAAUCGCCACCGACAAUCUGACCAAGGUUUAUGGUUACAAGCCAGCACUGAAUGGCGUUAAUUUGAAAGUGUACGAGACGAGAAUCACAGUGCUUCUUGGCCACAACGGAGCUGGCAAGACUACAUUGAUGAGCAUCCUGACAGGAAUGCUGGCCCCAACAAGUGGUGCAGUCACAGUGUGCGGCUACAACGUUGCCAGCCAGCGUGAGCAGGUGCGCCAGCGGGUCAGCUUUUGUCAGCAGACUGACAUCUUUUUUGAAGACAUGACUUGCCUCGAAAACCUUCUCUACUUUGGAUCGCUUAAGAAAGGACACCAUGACAGGCUCAUGAGUUCAAUCCAGGAGACACUGCGUGUGGUCGGGCUGGGAGACAAGGUGUACAACAUGCCCAGCGAGCUCAGUGGCGGCAUGAAGCGAAGGCUGAGCAUAGCGAUGACUCUUGUUUCCGAUCCAGAGGUGCUGAUUCUCGACGAGCCAACCGCAGGCCUGGAUCCGGAGACGAGGCGGAUCGUGUGGGAUACAUUGCAGAACGUAGGCAAGAAGAAAACCCUUCUAAUCUCUUCUCACGACAUGGAGGAAGCUGACGCCAUCGCAGACCACAUAAUCAUCAUGGCUUCUGGUGUGGUUGUUUGCAGUGGAUCGACGGCUUUUCUCAAAACAGCAUGUGGCGUCGGAUACAAGCUGACGUUCAUCAAGGUAGCGAAUGCAUUCAAGCUCAAUGACAUCAUGAACAUCGUCCGCCAUGCUGCACCUGCAGCAAUCGUCGAUGACGACAAGGAGGCAGCGGUGUCCAUCGCACUGGGCACUUUGGACAACAAGGGAUUCCCUGCAAUGUUCAGGGCGCUAGAAAGUUCCCUCCGGCGACUUGGCAUUGCAAGCAUCGGUGUGACCGUUGCCUCGAUGAAGGACGUUUACCUGAAGAUAAACUUGGACUGGGCGCCAGGCGGGAAAGAACGAGAACACGAAGUAGAAGGAAAAGACAUCGAAGGUGUCUGCAAACCAAUCACGAAACGGCGCGCGAUGGCCAGAUCUUUUGGAGCCCUCUUCAGAAAGCGGUUUCUGAGCCUCUUGCGGAGCUGGGAUCUCCUGGUAGCGUUUGGCCUUGUCCCACUCUUAUUGCUGGUGUUGUUGACGUGGAGUUCGGGACAUGGGCAAGCAAGCCGUCAGUUGGUGCAGAGCCAGAGUCAAGGCGGGACCGUCGAAAUCGCAGUAAAUAUGGACGUCCAUUUCCCGGGAUCCACCGUGCUGGUUGGUGAGUCACCGGCCACCAACGUAAGUCGAAACCUGCGGGUACUCGUGGAAUCACAAGGCGGCCGCGUGCUCACCACCACAAAAGACGUGCGGAAGGAGCUCCAGGAAAUCAUCGACCAAGACUUCUCAGGUUACCUCAAGGAGUACGCCAUGAUCGUGGAAUUCAAAGGGAAUGCGAUACGAAUGAUGGCCAACCCUACGAGCGCCGUCGCACUUCCCGUCGUGGUCAACCUGGUGGACACUGCUCGGCUGCGAGUUCUGACGGCCCAACCGACGGCGCUGAUCGACGUCACCAUCGCUUACCUGCCAUCGGAAGAUCUGCAAAAGGCUGUGGCCGUUGUUGCCUCACACUUCGUCGCUUUGCUAGAGUGGAUGUUCUUCUUCGCUCUCACCUACUCGUUGGCCUUCGCCGCGUACUCCUCGUUUCCGGUGGCCGAGCGGCUGAGUGGAGCCCGAGACGUGCAGCUCAUGACGGGAAUCUCGGGGGCCGAGUUCAUCUUCGCCCACUUUGUCUUCGACUUCCUUCACCACGCCCUGUUCAGCGUGCUGUGGGUCGCCAUCCACUACGCUUUCAUCUCCUACCCGUUGCGCUCGGCCGGCUUCUUCCUGCUCACUUUCUUGUCCGCUGGGCCUCUAGCAAUCGCGUAUGGCUACGUGACGGCGGAUACCACAGAGACCGCAGGCUCUGCAGUGGGUCGGAUUUUUACUACCUUCUUCGUUGGAGGUGCAGCGACUGCAAUAGCGAAAACCGUUAUUUUGGUGGUGACAUCAUCAGACACCGUGGACUACGUGGCGAUUCUCUUUGGUCCUUAUGCGCUGCUGUCCAUGCUCGUCAAGGUGUGGAAUGACAUAACCCAGAGCGAGCAGUGCAAGCUCCUGCGGCAAUUGGGUGUCCGUGGCAAAUUGAAAGGGCAAGCAAUUCCCUGGCCCCCUGUAGCCUUUGGAUAUUUUGCAUUCAACCUGGCUUCACCAUCUCAUCUGCGUGCUUGGCAUCUUUCCCUGUUUUCAUUGUGGUGCAAGGCGGAUAGCUGGGUUCGAAAAUGAUGGACCAUGGUCAAAUACAAAUAGCAGGUAUCUGUGAAUUACGUGUACACCUGUAAUCAUGCAUUUACAAUGCCUGUUUUGGGAACAAUGCAUGGGUCACAUAGUAGGGCCUGGCAGGCUCUAUACUG